AUGGCACAAGGCACAGUCAAGCCCCGGGCCAAGCCGGUGAAGGCGCCGACGGCCAACAGCGCGGGCAAGACCAAGAAGGGGGCGCGCGUGGCCAAGCCCAAGAAGGCCAGCAGCGCCGACCGGAUCCAGAAGAAGUUCUCGUCCGGGCUGGCGGCGCGCACCGAGCGCCUGCUAGGCGAGCGCGCCGGCCACCUCGAGAUGAUCGGCAAGGGCCGCAACAAGAGCGGCAAGAAGGACCCCGGCGCCGACGCGGCCAAGAAGGGCGGCAGCCGCAAGUUUGGCUGA